GAGGAGGAGAGGAGGAGGCCAGGCAGAGGCUCGAUCUUUCCUGGUCAAGGAAGUGCAGCACAAUGGCGGCUUUUGUGUAUCAGUAGAACCCUGGUUCGAGUUCAGCGGAGACUUCAUUGCAGAUCACUGGCUCUCUUCAUAACCCUCAGCCUGAAGACUCAGUUCCUGCCUUUGCUCAUUGAAGGGUGGUACCACUAGCUAGAGUAUCCUGGUGACAUAUUCUGGUGACUCCACCAGGCAGCUUGGGAGUUCUCUGGAUCAUCUCCCUGCAGAUCCAUCAGGAUGAGCUUCCAGGCCCCACCCACACUCCUGCAGCUGGCAGUGCAGAGCCUACUGAAGGACGAGGCCCUGGCCAUCUCUGCUCUGAAGGACCUGCCCAUGGAGCUCUUCCCACCACUCUUCAAGGAGGCCUUCAACCAGGGGCAGUCCAAGAUCCUGAAGGCGAUGGUGCAGGGCUGGCCUUUCCCCUGUCUCCCACUCGGGGGUCUGAUGAAGAUGAAGAUACCCCACCUGAAGACCUUACACACCAUACUGUUGGGGAUCGAUACAAUGCUUAAGCAGAAGGUUUGCCCCAGGAGUCGCAAGCUGCGAGUUCUGGAUCUGCGGCCUUUGCACAAGGACUUCUGGAACGUAUGGGCUGGAGACAAGGCAGGUGCCCGCUCCCUCGAGGGGAAACAUAAGAGAAGAACACAGGCCAGAGGUCCAAGGAUGGAGGGCGAGAAGCCCUUGACGGUGUUGAUAGACCUGUACCUCAAGUCAAGUGCCCCGGAUGUAUGCCUGUCCUACCUCUUCCUGUGGGUGCAAGGGAGGAAAGGUUUGGUGCAGCUGGGCUGUAAGAAGCUGAAGAUCUCCACGGUAGCUACCCAGAGCAUCGUGAUGUUUCUGGAGAUGCUGGACCUGGACUGCAUGGAGGAAGUGGAAGUGUGCUGCACCUGGAAUCUGCCCACCCUGGCCGACUUCGCUCCUUACCUGGGCCAAAUGAGAAACCUACACAAGCUCCUUCUCUCUCAUGUCUGCGUGCCUGCCUCCAUUUCCCCCAAGGAGCAGGGACAGCUGCUCAGCCAGUUUACCUCUCAGUUCCUCAAGCUGGAGUGCCUCCAGGAGCUCUCCCUGGACUCCAUCUCCUUCCUCGAAGGCCACAUGGACCAGAUGUUCAGGUGCCUGGAGGCCCCCUUGGAGAUGCUCUCUAUCACUGACUGCCAUCUUUCAGAAUCAGACCUGCAGUCCCUGGCCCAGUGUCCAGGCGUCCGUCAGCUCAAACACCUGAACCUAAGUGAUGUCUUACUGACCAACAUAAGUCCUGAGCCCCUCCGAGUCCUGCUAGAGAGAGUCGCAGCCACCCUGAAGACCCUGGACUUAGAGAACUGUAGGAUCGUGGACUCUCAGCUCAGUGUCCUCCUGCCUGCUCUGAGCCUCUGCACCCAGCUCACCACAUUCAACUACUUAAAGAAUCCCAUUUCUGUGGCUAGUCUGGAGCGCCUGCUCUGCCACACUGCCAGGCUGAGCCGCUUAAGCCUGGAGAUGUAUUCUACCCCCUGGGAGAUUUAUGGUGCCCAGGGUACGUCUCACCACAAGCGGCUGGAGCAGCUUCGUGAGGAGCUGAACAGGACCAUUAAGCCACUGGAACACACCAGGACAGUGUGGUUCAGCAUCAUUCCCUGUCGGCCUUGUGACAACCAAGCUGAUUGAGUCAGAGCCCAAGCUGCACUUGGGCUACGGUCCUAUCUAGCUGGGUACUCGUGUGCUAAAUGAUUCCUUCUAGCUCUUGGAAGCAGAUUUCUUAUGGGAUG